AAUGGGUAUGUGCUAAAACAAAUAAGCAGAAUAUAACUCAAAAAUACCAGAUAUUGCAAGUGAAAUUCUAGAUGAAGAUGAAGUUGAUGAAAAGAUUGGGGAAACAACAUAAAUACCUAUUGAAGGUGAAAACGGAAAUCUUAAAACUAAACUUACUCUUUCUGAUUUUGAACUAUUAAAAGUUAUAGGUAGAGGCUCAUUUGGAAAAGUUUUACUUGUUAAAAGAAUAGCAGAUCAAUAAUUGUAUGCAGUGAAGAUUUUAAGGAAAAAAUUGUUACAAAAAAAGAAAUAAUAGGAAUAAGCAAUAUAAGAGAGAAAAAUAAUGACACUUGUUAAUAGUCCUUUUUCUGUAAAAUUGCAUUUUGCUUUUUAAACUCCAUCAAGACUCUAUAUGGUUAUGGAUUUUAUGAUAGGUGGAGAACUGUUUCUUCAUCUUAGAAAAAGAUAAAAAUUUAGUGAAGAAUGGACUUAAUUUUAUGCUGCUGAACUUUUAAUUGCUCUUGAUAACUUGCAUCAAUAAAAAAUUAUUUACAGAGAUUUAAAACCAGAAAAUAUUCUCCUAGAUAAAGAUGGACAUGUAGUUCUUACUGAUUUUGGAUUAUCUAAAUUAGGAUAUGAGAGAAAUGAAAUGACAUAUUCCUUUUGUGGUACUCCAGAAUAUGUUGCUCCUGAAAUUCUAUAUUGUAAACUGUGUCUCUUUAUCAUUUAUUAGAAAAAGGACAUAGUUUUGUUGUUGAUUUUUAUAGUUAUGGAGCCUUGAUAUAUGAAAUGUUAAGUGGUGCUCCUCCAUUUUAUUCUAAAAAUAAAAGAGAAAUGUUGAAAAAUAGAUGUGAAAAACCUUUAGAAAUGAAACCUAACUUUUCUCUUUAAGCAUAAUCUUUACUAAAAGGACUCCUAAUAAAAGAUGUAUAAAUGAUUUUAUUAUGUAGCCUGGAUUCCGAUUAGGCUCAAAUGGGAUCCAAGAAAUAAAAAAACACAACUUUUUUAGUGGAAUAGAUUGGUAACUAGUUGAACAAAGAAAACUUUAGCCUCCAAUAGUCCCCCGAAUUCAACAUUUAGAGGAUUUGUCUAACUUUGCUCCAGCAUUCUUAUAAUAGCCUUUAAUUGAAACUCCAGAUUCUUAACAGAAUGUUUAUUUUGAAGGGUUUACUUAUUAAUAAGGAAUAUGAAU